GAGCCUUAUAGUUAAAAAUGAAAAUGAAAGUCAUUUUCCCGGGUGUGCGUGUGUUAUUGGGGCCUGUUAGUGCUCAGCACUUGGGGGGCUGAUGAAAGAGUAUUUCUCUUUUUGCUUUAGGGCUGUUUCAGUGUGUGGCUAGUUGUUGCUGUUGUUGUUAGGAUCCCUGUGUAAAGUGCAUGAUUGUGUGUCUUUGUUGUUUUAGUGUAUUUGUUGUGUUUCUCUCUGUGACUGUGAUACUCUGCUAAUGUAAGUAUUUAUUUCUACAGAUAUUGGGAUUUUCUCCUGUGAGACAUACUGUAUUCAUUGUGUUGUUUUGUAUCAUUGUUGUAUUCAUUGUGUUGUUUUGUAUCAUUGUUGUAUUGUGUAUCAGCUACACAACAUUGUGUCUUUGCCUGGUUAUAGAUACACUGUCUGUUUCCCUGGUUUUUCGGUUACAGCAGCUUUAAACCUAGUGGGACUCAGUUGCACAACUGUGUGUGUGUUUGUGUGACAAAGUGCUGCUUCAGUGUUGGGUUGGGGCCGUGGGUGUGUGAUUGUGCGACACAGUGGGACCAUGUUGGACAUGAAGAAAAGAAAACACUUCCCGCUGGUGCUGAUUCUUCUCCUGCACAGCUUCGUGGUACGGUGCCAAGACAAGCCGGUGGUACAUCGUGCUGUGGACAUUGUGCUGCCGUGUGAAUACGUCCUUAUGAAAGAAGGGGGGCAAGGCAGUCUCGGGGGGCUGUCGUUCUCCCGGGAACACGUUACUCUGGUGCUGCGGAAUAUAUCAGUGACCGGGGAAGGACAAGAGCUGGAUCCUAUCACAGAGUAUGAAGCCCCCAAGGAUAAAGAGACGGCCACCUACCAGGCCACAGUGCGUGUGGGUCCCCUCCCAUUUGCAGAGCGCCUGCUGCAUGCGGACUGCGAGGGCGAGGAAGUCGGAUGUGAGAUUUCCCCGAUUUAUGGCGAGUUUUACGUGGCGCACGUCCAUCUGCCGGAGCUCAGCAUUUCCAUGAUGUGCAAAGCAGAGGCUUCUAUGGAAGAACUGGAAUUUCUCAAGGAGACGGAGGAAAAGACUGUGACACCAAUGACGGUGGAUUACAUUGUAUCCUCCUCUCCCCCCUCACACCGUUCUCCUAUAUCUGGGGACGUCACGCUGAACUGUGAGGUGUGGGGCGACCUGGAGAGAAUGGAGGUGGAGUGGUACUUUCAGAGUGAAGGCAAAGGCCGCAGGGUAUUCCCCAGUGAGGAGGAGCGGGUCAGCGUGGGGCAGGAGAGUAAAGGAGACGUGUCCCUGACACUGAGAGGGGUGCUUGUGCCGGACGAGGGCACCUACAUCUGUACAGUGAAUGUGGAACAGCAUAAAAUACAGCAGAUUCUGAAGCUGGAGAUCAGAGAGCCCCCUAAGGUCAGCAUUAGCCAAAGAGGAGGCCGAGAGCCCAGACUGAUAUGCCGCACAGACCGAUACUACCCCCUGGAUGUGGAAUUUGAUUGGCUCCUGAAUGGAACCCCAGUCCCUGACCCUGAUCUUGAGACUUCCAGUCAUCGCAAAAACAGCGACGGUACCUACAACCUGAGCACCACCCUGACUGUGCCUGUACCUGCCGGGGGAUCCGAUCCUGAUACGUACACCUGCUCCGUGUCACAUGUUUCCCUCGCUGAGCCAAUCCAAGCGCAUGUCAGCAUUGCUAUGCCAGAUGCAGAAAGUUCCACUCCCUCGGGCAACGGAUUGAUCAUCUCAUCCACAAUCGUAUCAGCCAUCAUUUUCAUAAUGGCGCUUGCUAAAUACAUCUGGGCCAAACAGAAACAAAGGACAGAAAAGAAGAAGGAGUGAGACAGACUGAGAAGAAACGUUUUAGCACCAGACAUGUGAAACGGUUGAUGCCCCCUGGCACAAUGGCUGCCUGUUGGGUGGGAGAUGUUGCACUAUGUACAGAUGGACCAAUGAUUUAUUUUUAUUUCAUGUUUCUCUUAGUUUUGAUAAUAGUUUAACUUAACCUUUUCAAAUGACAAUAUUAGAUGUAGGAAAACAUAUGGGCACUGGCCUAGCCACUCGCCAGUAGUAUGUCCAGGAAACAAUAGAAAGCCAAUAACUUGGUGAUGCAGCAAACGGAGUGAUCCCAACUUUAUUCCAUGGUGCUCAAAACAUGAUCAUGUGGAAAGUAUCUUGAGCACCAUGGAUUAAAGUUGGGAUCAUCCCCUUUGUUGCAUCACCAAGUUAUUGGCUUUCUUGUUGUUUCCUUAACUUACCCUUUUGCCAAUUCCAGUUUCUUUAGCAUUGUUUUUAUUUAAGGUUAAUUCUACUGACCAAGAUCCUCUGUAGCCUACAGAAUUAGGUCCCUCAGGAUAAACCAUGUGUAUAAAUACCCAGAGUGUUCUCAAGCAAACUGUUAUAUGCCGGAGGCUGCACGGUAGGUGAUUCCAGAGAAGGAACCAGGGAAAGGGCAGAUUUAAUAUGGUUAUAGUCAUGAAAAAUUCAACAUGGCAUCAGUGAUGGUCAUUUCAAGCUUAUCUCCAUAACCGUUCAUCAUGGCUUCCACAAGAUCCAAUUCAUCAUGGCUUCCCAAGACCCAAUUCAACAUGACUUCCACAAGACUCAAUUCAUCAUGGCUUCCCAAGCCCCGAUUUAACAUGACUUCCACAAGACCCAAUAAUCAUGGCUUGCACAAGACCCAAUUCAACAUCACUUCAACAAGACCCAAUUUAUCAUGGCUUCCAAAAGACCCAAUUCAACAUGACUUCCACAAGACCCAAUUCAUCAUGGUUUCAAAAAAGACACAAUUAAUCAUGGCUUCCACAAGACCAAAUUCAACAUGACUUCCACAAGACCUAGUUCAUCAUAGCUUCCACAAGACACAAUUCAACAUGACUUUCACAAGACCCAAUUCAUCAUGGCUUCCACAAGACCCAAUUCAUCAUGGCUUCCCAAGCCGCGAUUUAACAUGACUUCCACAAGACCCAAUCAUCAUGGCUUGCACAAGACCCAAUUCAACCUCACUUCAACAAGACCCAAUUAAUUAUGGCUUCCAAAAGACCCAAUUCAACAUGACUUCCACAAGACCCAAUUCAUCAUGGUUUCAAAAAAGACCCAAUUCAUCAUGCAUCCACUAGACCCAGUUCAACAUGGCUUCCAUAAGACCUAAUUCAUCAUGGCUUCUACAAGACCCAGUUCAUCAUGGGUUCAAGAGGACAAUCACCAAUAUCAGUGAAUUGGAAAUCCAAUAAAGCAUUCACUGAACUUUGGGGGAAUACACUGCCCAUAUAUUGUGCCUAUUGCUCAAGGCUAGAUGAGUCCAUUAUACUGUAAGUGGGCACAGGCGUUGGCUGAGACCCCCACAGUAGAGGUGGAGAAUGAGUGAAGUGCAUUUAAGAGCACGUAUUGUGGGAUUUGCAACUUCCCUACACGCUGGGAAUAAAAUAGAGUUGGUAAUGCCA